UCUACUAAAAGUACAAAAAAUUAACUGGGCACGGUGGCGCGUGCCUGUAAUCCCAACUACUCAGGAGGCUGAGGCAGGGGAAUUGCCUGAACCCAGGCGGCGGAGGUUGCGGUGAGCCGAGAUCGCGCCAUUGCACUCCAGCCUGGGUAACAAGAGUGAAACCGUCUCAAAAAAAAAAAAGAACAAGGGCUCGACUAGAGGAGAGUGUUCAUUGGUAAAGGUUUCCUAGAAGGAAAUAUGGCAGCAUCCACUAAAAAGUAAUAUGGUCUUCAAAGAAAUUUUUCCAUGGAAAUAUUCCCCCAUGUGUGUUAACAUGUAUGUAAAAAAUGUUUAUUGCCAAAAUGGUAUAGUAAAAAAUUGGAGACAGCCUAUAUUCUUCAUUAUCAGGGGUGUAGAUUGAUAAAUUAUGGUUCAUCCACUUAUAGUUCCAAGCAACUGUUGAAGGGAGAGGCAGAGCUAUACAUGUUUGUGGUGUGUGUGUGUGUGUGUGUGUGUGCACAUGCACACUAUAGGAGAGUGGACGACAUUACAGAACAGUACACAUUUGACUCCAUGUCGAUAAAAAUAUAUAUAUGUGUGCAUCCUCCUAUUUAUGUCAAAGUAUUUUAAAAGACAGCCAGGAGAAACGCUACGUUGUUAGUGGUGAUAGCCAGUAAGCUGGGGAACUAAAAUGGGGUAAAAGUGAAGGAGACUAUCAUAUUUUAUUCAUGUACUGUGUUAUAGAAUGAAUCUUUUUUUUAAUUUAUGUUUUUUUCUCUCACUACUUGGAUCAGUAUAGAAUGAAUCUUUUAAAAAUAAAAAUGCAUUUAUCUUUUGGUUGGCUUCAUAUCAAAUUUUUUAAAUUGAGGGCUUGAUAUGUGCAAAACAUUAUACUGUAAAUAAUUUUAACUGAUUUGAAAAUGAAAGACAUAACACUUUACUCUUUUGAGAUUUGAGAAGAGCAAAGGCCAAAAUGCUUUUUAAUUGUUAUAAAGUGAACCUACUCAAUAAACUUAUUUACCAUUUCCUGUGUGACAACUGUGCUGGGUGCAGGGAGAGAGACAGAAGACUGUAUGAAACAGACCCUGCUCUCCUGAACCUAGUAAUUACUAGGAAAGAAACAGUGGCAGACAAGGGCCAUAGAAACCACAGAGUGCCACUAAUAUGAAUUGUUCAACAUGAGUCAAUUUUUUUUUUGAGACGGAGUUUCGCUCUUGUUACCCAGGCUGGAGUGCAAUGGCGCGAUCUCGGCUCACUGCAACCUCCGCCUCCUGGGUUCAGGCAAUUCUCCUGCCUCAGCCUCCUGAGUAGCUGGGAUUACAGGCACACGCCACCACACCCAGCUGAUUUUUUGAAUGUUUAGUAGAGAUGGGGUUUCACCAUGUUAACCAGGAUGGUCUCGAUCUCUUGACCUCGUGAUCCACCCGCCUUGGCCUCCCAAAGUGCUGGGAUUACAGGCUUGAGCCACUGGGCCCGGCCUAAGAUUUUUAUAUUUUUUUGUUUUGUUUUCUUUGAGACAGAGUCUCACUGUCACCAGACUGGAGUGCAGUGGCACAAUCUCAGCUCGCUGCAACCUCUGCCUCCCAGAUUCAAGGAAUUCUCCUGCCUCGGCUUCUGGAGUAGCUGAGACUAGGCACAUGCCAUCACACCCAGCUAAUUUUUGUAUUUUUAGUAGAGACAGGGUUUCACCAUAUUGGCCAGGAUGAUCUCAAUCCCUUGACCUCGUAAUCUGCCCUCCUCAGCCUCCCAGAGUGCUGGGAUUACAGGCAUGAACCACCAAGCCUGGCCUUUUUUUUUUUUUUUUUGAGACAAGGCCUCUCUCUGUCACCCAGACUGGAGUGCACUGGCAUGAUCACAGCUCACUGCAGCCUCAACCUCCCACGCUUAACCAGUUCCCCCACCUCAGCCUGCUGAGUAGCUGGGACCACAGAUGUGUGCUACCACACCCCGCUAAUUUGCAAUUUUUGAAGAGACAAGAUCCCACUGUGUUCCCCAGGCAGGCCUUGAACUCCUGGGUUUAAGCAGUUCUCCCACCUCGGCUUCUCAAAGUGCUGGGAUUACAGGCAUGAGCCAUGGCACCUAGCCUAAACUCAGAUUUUAAAUGAAUACCCUAUCUCAAUUUUUAUUACAUUUUAGUUACAGAAUGCCAUAUUGUCUUCUAUUUUGUGGAUUGCCCUGGAGUGAUAACACAUGUAGUUCACAGAAAACUGGGAUUACCUUACACAUUAAAAAACAAUGGCAACCAAUAGUUAAACCCUGUUCGAGUAAAUUUAAAUAAUAAACAAUAGUAGUAAAUUUAGAUAAUAAACAAUAGUAUUUAAGUUACAUGUCAGGUUUCAAAUGUCACAUCUUGGCUUAUCUAUCCAUCCAUUUAAUUGACUUAUUUAACAAAUGUUAUUGAAUGCCUACUUGGGCAUUGCUCUAGGAAACACUGAUGGUAUUGCAGUAAAAAAUCAAGUAUUUUAAAAACACAUUUUAACAUCGAAAAUACUGAAAGUCUGAAAUCAGUGCAAUUUCUAUGCAAAAGUAAGGAAGGGGCAAGGUUCACUGGAGCUUUGCUUAUUCCAUUUCUUAUUACAGUCACAGAAUAAUAAUUGUAUGGCCGGCUUACAGAAAUCUCUGCCAAAAUACCUCAGAUCUAGUACAUUUUUCCUGAUGUUAAUGAUUUAGAUAUUAAUUGAAAUACACAAUUUAAAAAUAAAUUUUUAUCAAAACAGGUAGAUUUACAUGUUCAUAAAACAAGACAAAGUAUAAACCUCUCCAUUUUUACUUAAUCUUGUAUGUACAGAUAUUUGAAAUGUAGACUGUCCAGUUUUAUUCCUAAAAUCUCUUCUCUUUGAUGUCAAUAUGUCAGACUUUUUUCUCAUAUCCAAGUAAGUGUUGAAAGAUGCUGUGUAUCAUAUGCAGUUUUCAGUUUUUUCUUAAUUGAUUAGUACACUUUAAUAUUUAUACGACAAGAUCAUUGGUGAAGAUGUUACAGUGAACAUUAAUUGGUAAAGUCAAUAAAACAGGAUUCGGAGACAGAAAAUACAAGUCAAGGCUCUUCCACUUCGUAGUUAGUGACUUCUGGGUAUUACAACUGUAUGUUCAGUUUCUGUUUUUUCAGCUACAAAAUAAAAUAUUUGUGAGAAGAUUAAACACAAAUAUGCUAAAAUGCUGGAGAAGCUAUAAAGCUUUGUAGAUAUUUUGUGUUUGUAUUCAUUAUAACACUGUGCUAAAUAAACAGCACUUGUUAGAAACCAGCAGUAGAUAUUAUUUUAAUGGUGAAAUACUGUUCCCAAGUCGGAACAAAACAAAGGUGUUUGUUUUUAUCAUCUCUAUUUUCUUUUCUUUUCUUGUUGCCCAGGCUGGAGUGCAAUGGUGUGAUCUUGACUCACUGCAACCUCCACCUCCUGGGUUCAAGCGAUUCUCCUGCCUUAGCCUCCCAAGUAGAUGAGACUACAGGCGUGUGCCACCACACCCAGCUAAUUUUUUAUAUGUUUAGUAGAGAUGGGGUUUCACCAUGUUGGCCAAGCUGGUCUCAAACUUCUAACCUCAGGUGAUCCACCCCACCUAUGUGUCUGAAAGUGUUGGGAUUACAGGCGUUAGCCACCUUGUCCGGCCUACGAUCAAUUUUUUCAAUAUUGUUCUAUAAUUCUAGACCAGCACUGUGCAGUAAGACUUCCUGCAGUUAUGGAAGUGUUUUCUGUCUAUGCUAUUCGAUAUGGAGCCACUAGCCAUGUGUGUCCAUCCAAGUUUACAUUAAAUUAAACUUAAUUACAUUUGAAAUUCAGUUCCUCAGUUGCACUAACAUUUCAAAUGCUCGUUAGCCACAUGUAGCUAGUGGCUACCAUAUUAUAUAGCUCAGAUGAAGAACAUUUUCAGCAUCCCAGAAAACUCAAUUGGUUUAGAAGUUCUAAUAGUCCAGAAUUACAGAAUAAUGUUGAAUAAGAGAGAUAAUGAAAGCAUCACAUAUUUAUCCAUCCAUCAAUCCAUUUUGUGUUUUAUGUUUUUUGUUUUUUUUUUUUUGAGAUAGUCUCAGUCACUCUGUCACACAGGCUGGAGUGCAGUGGCACGAUCAUGGCUCACUGCAACCUCACCUCCCCAGAUCAAGCUAUUCUUGUGACUCAGCCUCCCAAGUAGCUAGGAUUAUAGGCAUGCACCACCACGCCUGGCUGAUUUUUGUAUUUUUAGUAGAGACAGGGUUUUACCAUAUUGGCCAGGCUGGUCUCAAACUUCUGACCUCAAGGGAUCAACCCACCUUGGCCUCCCAAAGUGCUGGAAUUACAGGUGUGAGCCACCACGCCUGGCCUACAACUUACUUUAAAAUGCGUAAAACAAGGCUGGGCACCAUUGUUCACGCCUGUAAUCUCAGCACUUUGGGAGGCCAAGGCAGGUGGAUCACUUGAGGUCAGGAGUUCGAGACCGGCCUGGCCAACUUGGUGAAACCCCAUCUCUACUAAAAAAUAUACAAAAAUUAGCCAAGCAUGAUGGUGUGGGUCUAUGAUCCAAGCUGCUAGGGAGGUUGAGGCAGGAGAAACACUCGAACCCAGGAGGCAGAGGCAGCAGUGAGCCGAGAUCACCACUGUACUCCAGCCUGGGAGACAGAGCAAAAUUCCAUCUCAAUAAAUAAAUAAAGUUGUAGACAUCAAUAUACUUCCCCCUUAAUUAGCAUACAUAACAUUGUCUAGUUAAGUACUUGUUUAUUAUUUGAUAGAUAAAAUUUUGCAUAUAGUGAACAAAUUUUAUAGUACCAAUCAAUGAGUAUUGGCAAAUGCAUACAGCUGUAUAAUCCAAAUCCUGUCAAAACAUAGAACAUAACCAUCACCCCAAAAAGUUUCCUCAUUUUUCUUCCCAUUUAGUUCCUACCAUCACCCCCUGAAGACAAUGAAGAAACAAAAAAAUCACCUUGAUAGAAAGAUGGGCUGAGGGCAUACACUGUCAUUUCACAAAAGAGGAAAUAUACAUUGACCAAUAAACCCGUAAGGAAAUAAAUGCCCAACCUUACUUAAAUGUGAAACAAAUUAUUUUAUAUGUCAGAUUGGCAAUAAUUUAAAAUGUUUAUAACAGGGAGUUUUGGCCAGCGUGUGGGGAAGGGCACUCCCAUGACAACCCAAAAUGCUCUUUAACUUAUCCAGAAUAUAUUUCAAUAAUUAUAUACAUUUUUUAUUUUACGAAUUCCAUUUAGUUCUUUUAAAAAUAUUCCCAGUCAUUUGUGGUAAUUUCUUUUUCUUGUCCCUAUUGAUAACUCUAAGCUUUAGUUCUUUAAACUUUCAUUUAUUAGGUAUUUUAUAUUCUGUUGUUAACUCCCCUAUCUGAAUUUCUUCUAGAUCUGUGUUAGUUACAGUAUAGACUUGACUGCUUUAACAUACAGACCCCAAACAAUAAGAUAGACAUUUAUUCGUUGUCCAAGUAGGUAGUCCAGUACUGAUAUGGAAAGUCCAAUCUACAAUCCACAGGUCUCCAAGUCCUUUCUCUCAUUACACUGCUAUUCUCAACAUUUCAUCAGCUCCCACCAUCUUGUCCACAGUCCAGACAGCAGAAAAGAGAAAAUGGGAGUCACCCCUACCUUUUGAUAGCUGGGCCUGAAAGUGACACACACUGCUUCUGCUCACAUCUCACAGGAAGGUACUGGAAGAAGAAGAGGAACAGCGUACAAGAACUACAAGUACACCUUUUGUGGGAAACAGCCAGUUCAAAAUCUUCCCAAUCAUCAGUUAUACUUUUCUUGGGAUUAUGAAAUUAAAACAUUCUGUACUUGGUUAUUUUCACAAGCCUUAUCAUCUUCAAAUACUCCCUCCUUUGCCCAUCCCUCAAAAGGUUAACAGUGGGAAAUUUUUCUUUAAAAGUAAACUAUGUUCUUUUCUUUAAAAUAACCGUUAUAGAGAAAUUAUUCCUUUAAGUAGUCAUGCUUUUAAAUUGCUUGGAGGUGAUUACAUAUGAACCUUCCUAUAAACUUGUAUCUCUCUCAUUUAAAAGAAAAGAGGAAGGAAAGGAAUUAGCCCAUUAAUUAUUUAAAAUACUUGGUGCAACUGUUUCUAUGAAUUAAUCCAGGCACUUGGAAGACAAUUACACUCCGUGUUAAUAUCAUUGCCAACCUUUUCCACUAUGCUGCACUCCAAAUACUAUUGUGUUUUCAAUGACAACAUUCCCUAUUACAUAUGCAUAUGAAAAACAGGCAUUUUCAUCAGAAUUACCGUAAUAGCAUUAAGAGAUUAUUUUUUCCAAUUUCCUUGGAAGAAAAUUCACUUAAAUUAGAUUAUUUAUUACUCGAUUGCUCUUGUAUCUUGCCUGUAUGUUUAGGUAACUGGAACCCGUGAAAGUAUAAACUUCAGAAUAAAAAGCAUGAUUUUAUACAUUAAUGACUUCAAAUAAAAGAGGAAUGCCACAUUUGUGCAUCACUUCUUUCGAGAAAGUUAAGUCUGUUCUGCUUCGGAGAGAUAACACUUUUUGUCCCAGUAGGUGGCCCCCCUGGUGUAGCCAUUAGUUGCUAAUUACUUGCAAACAAAUAAACAAUUAACUCCUUAAGCUUCUGGCUGGGCAAGUGUUCAUUGACAUGCUAAAACUUUCUAAGACAGGAUUUUAAUUAGUGAUGUUCUAAAUCCAGCCCCCUUGUCAGCGUAGCUAUAAGGUGAAUUGCAGGAAGACCCCAGCCUUAUACACGUGAGGCUGAGCCAGCAGAGGCCAGAGCUAUUGCUCUGCACAGACCACGAGAGGAUGUCUCCCAGCCUUCAGGAAGGCGCUCAGCUCCGGGAAAGCAAACCCUCAACUUGCUCCUUUUCAAUUGAGAGAAUCUUAGGAAUGGACGAGAAGAAAGACUGUGUUCCAUUAGUGAAACCCUACUGGCCCUGGGCAGACACCUGCAGCUCCUCAGGGAAAGAUGGUAACUUAUGUCUAUAUGUCCCAAAUCCUCCCAAUGGCAUUUCAUUCCCUAGCAUGGUGGAUCACCCAAUACCAGAAGAAAGAGCUUCAAAAUAUGAAAAUUACUUUUCAGCCUCAGAAAGACUGUAUUUGAAAAGAGAGUUGAGUUGGUAUAGAGGCCGAAGACCAAGAACUGCUUUUACUCAAAACCAGAUUGAAGUGUUAGAAAAUGUCUUUAGAGUAAACUGCUAUCCUGGCAUUGAUAUUAGAGAAGACUUAGCUCGAAAAUUGAAUCUAGAGGAAGACAGAAUCCAGAUUUGGUUCCAAAAUCGGCGUGCAAAACUGAAAAGAUCCCAUAGAGAAUCACAGUUUCUAAUGGCGAAAAAAAAUUUCAACACAAAUCUCCUGGAAUAGAUAGAAAACUAAACAAAUGAAAUUAUCUUCUAAUUGCAGAGCAUGAAGAAUCAGUGGAAAUAUUAAUUGUUAAAAUGUGAUGUUUUCUUUCCUGCAUUUAAUCUGCAUAUUGUCAUUUUUUUCUGAAAAUAUAUUGUAAAUAAUUGCUAUUAUAGCAUGGUACAUAUUAUAUUUGGGUACUUUUAGUUAUAGUAAAGAACUUUCCUAUAUAUUUUAAUAAUCAUUUUCAGAAAAGAUUGCUAUUUUUUAAGUGAGCAAAAUUAACCUAAUAAAUUAAUUUGUUAAAAUCAAUAGACUCAUGACUAAGUGAUUCCACAAGUUGAAUUCUAUUUGUAAAGUAUUUCAAGUGAAAUAAUCUGAAGA